AUGUACAACAAGCGCAAGAACCGACCUCUAUUGACAGCAUUUUUUCUAAUUCUCGCGACAUACUUUUUUUUCUUCUGGCUACCUAGUACAAAAACAUACCGAGCUCCUUUAACAAGGCCAAUCUCUAGAAAAGACACCAUUCGGCACGAUGCCAUUCGUCUAGGCAAAGUCACCGAGAGAUUCCCCGUUGCAGAGUACAUCCCACUACCAAAAGUUUCAGCAAAUAUCCCCCGCAUCCAGCAUAACUUCCCUCGGGAAACCCGCAGCGAGCGCAAGGCCAGACUCAAGAAGCGCGAUGCUGUAAAGGAGGCGUUUCUUCAUUCAUGGAAUGGAUAUAAAGAUUAUGCGUGGAUGCGAGACGAGGUGAAACCCAGCACUGGAGGGUACCAGGAUACAUUCAAUGGUUGGGGCGCCACACUUGUUGAUUCUCUAGAUGCGCUUGUGAUUAUGGGACUGGAUGAUGAGCUGCAGCUGGCCCUGGAGGCUCUAGAGGAAAUCGACUUCACAACAACCAGAAGCAAGCAGGUGCCUGUGUUUGAGAUCAUAAUUCGCUAUAUGGGUGGUCUUAUUGCAGCUCAUGACCUGACUGGGGGCAAACAUCCUAUUCUGCUGAGAAAGGCUGUCGAACUGGGCGAGAUGAUAUUCAAUGCAUUUGAUACGCAUAAUCGCAUGCCUCAAUUGCGCUGGGAGUGGACUAGAUCCGCCCAAGGCGCAGAAAUCAGACCAUCUUCGCGCACAAGCUUAGCGGAAAUGGGCUCCUUGACAAUGGAGUUCACUCGCCUGACCCAAUUGACCGGUAAUCCCAAGUACUACGACGCUGUGCAGCGAAUCAUGAACGAGCUCGAGAUUGGACAAGACCAGACCCGGAUCCCUGGCCUGUGGCCGACAUGGAUUAAUACCAACCUAAUGACAUUCGACGACUCCGAGUUCACUAUCGGUGGAUGUGCCGAUUCGGCGUACGAGUAUUUGCCCAAAGAACACAUUCUUUUGGGCGCACAGAAGGGCAAAUAUCACAAGAUGUAUGAAAAGGCGAUUAAAGCAUUCAGCGAUAAUCUCCUGUUCAGAGGAAUGACUAAGGACGAGGAUCAGCACAUUCUUUUCGCAUCUAACGUCAUUGCAUUGCGGGGUGACUCAAAAUCCUCCCGGUACGAGCCUGAUCACCUUAAGUGUUUCAUGGGUGGCACCGUGGCUAUUGGGGCCAAGAUCUUCAAUCGGCCAGAAGAUAUGUAUCUUGCCCGGGGACUUACCGACGGCUGUGUCUGGGCAUAUGAUGCCAUGCCUACAGGUAUUAUGCCGGAGGUGUUCACAGUUAGCCAUUGCAAGCACAUUGAUAACUGUCCGUGGGAUGAAGAGCAGUGGAUGUCGGAUGUCAUAUCACAGACUAUUGAUACCAAGGAGGACCGCGAGAAAGCUGAAGGCCGCAUCCAUGCUGAGCAUCUACCGCCAGGUGUGACUAGUGUUCGAGACGCAUCGUACAAGCUCAGACCCGAAGCUCUGGAGUCCCUGUUCGUCAUGUACCGGAUUACUGGAGAUAAGACUCUUCAGGACUCCGCAUGGCGCAUGUUUAAGAACAUUGAGAAGGCGACUCGGACUAACUUUGGCCAUUCAUCUAUCAGCGAUGUGCGUCAUUCGGAACCGAAACAUGAGGACAAAAUGGAGAGCUUUUGGCUUGCCGAGACUUUGAAGUACCUCUACCUCAUCUUUUCUGAGCCAGAUCAUAUUAGUCUGGAUGACUACGUGCUGAGCACCGAAGCCCAUCCUUUCAAGCGGCCAAAGAGCUGA